UAUUUAAUUGAUUUACAUAAUUUACAUCACGUUCCAUGCUGUCGCAUGACUUGUUUUUCAUACUGCACUCUUCAUAAAAGUGGACACUUAGUAGCUCACUUAAUAUAAUCGUCAAACGAAAGAAAUCAUUAGCCCUUCUGCUAGACCAUCAAUAAACCAAAUCAAUAUGGCAGCCGUCGCAGGCGGAGAGGAACCAACAGCGGUUGGAGGAAGCUCACAACACCAAGCCCCUGCAUCACCGCCUCUACCGGCGCGACAUACACCAGUAACACCUGGACCAAGGGCAUCACGAUUUCAAGCUGUAUUAGACUCGAGCUUGAAACACACGCUGGGCAAGAUUAGCUGGGACAACUUCGCAGCAUGUUAUCCAACCGUGGCCGAGAAAUCACCCGCCGUGCUGCGCGCGGUUCAGAAGCAGAUGGUUGAUCGAUUAGGGGCAUUGUGCAAGAAGGAAUUUGAUUCCGUACUGCAGGGCCGCAAUGUGGUGGCCAAGCUAAACGAGCUCGAGGGUCUGGUCAGCGAAGCUGAGCGAAGGAGGGACGACGCUGGUGUCGCGGAAGCACCUAUACCACCUCAUAUGCUGCCUCCGGAUCAAGUCUUAGCAGCACAUCUCGCACCACACUUAGCACAACAACAAUCACAACUCAACGCGAAACUACAGACAGUCCAAGCGCACAACGCUAAGCUAUUCAGCGAUAUACAAAAGCAGCGCGCUGAGAUGCAGUCAUUAAUGGGUCUCCUGCAAAAGGUUUUAGAAGAUAUCGACGGGGCUAAUGGUCAGAUGGACGGUAUCAUGGAUGAUCUGUCUAAGGAAACGAGAGCGGUGGAAGCAGAGAUGGCUAAUCCAUGAAGGAUUCUUCUUCGGUACGACACGAGGACCAAUACUUAUGAUAUGACAUAUUUAGGAUCAAGGAGGGAACGAUGCAUAGGUUUGGCGUUCCGGCGUACGAGUCGACCGAGUCCCUAUAUUUGAUUGAAUUCCUUAGUUGAAAUAGUAUCAAUGCGUACAACCAUUUUCAGUAAAUAAAUUUUCAAUUAAAA